AUGGCUGCUGCCGGAGGGCUUCACACUGUUCUUCUCCGGAGUGAUGGCAACGCCGUGGCUUGGGGGAUGGUGAAUGCUGGCCAAUGCGUGAUUCCCCCUUUGGAUGAAGGACUCUCCUACACUCAGGUUGCCGCAGGCUGGCUCCACACCGUUCUUCUCCGAAGUGAUGGUUGCGCUGUUGCUUGCGGAAGAAAUACCGGUCAACAAUGCGACAUUCCUGCGCUGGAUGAGGGAAUGUCAUACACCGAGGUUUCUGCUGGUUAUGAUCAGACAGUGCUUCUUCGAAACGACGGCAAUGCUGUGCUCUGUGGAUCACAUGGACGUAGCAAGAUUUUACCAUUGGAUGAGGGGUUUUGGUACACCCAGGUGGAUGCAGGCGACAGUCAUAUUGUGCUUCUUCGAAAUGACGGCCGUGCUGUUGCACUUAGCAGUCAUAACCACGAUGGUGAAUGCGACAUUCCCCCGUUGGAAGAGGGUGUGUCGUACACCCAGGUUUCUGGCGGCAAGAAUCACACAGUUCUGCUUCGAAGCGAUGGCCGCGCCGUUGCUUGUGGAAGCAAUGAUCGUGGACAAUGCGACAUUCCCCCUCUGGAUGAGGGAGUGUCAUAUACCCAAGUCUCUGCAGGAGAUCACACCGUGCUUCUUCGAAGUGAUGGGAGAGCAGUAGCUUGCGGACGCAAUGAAUCCAAGCAGUGCAACAUCCCAGCGUUGAAGGAUGACGGAGUCGUCUACUCGCAAGUUUCCGCAGGGGUGACUCAUACCGUGCUUGUCCGAAGUGAUGGCGUUGCUGUAGCUUGUGGGAAGAACCACUACAAACAAUGCAGGAUUCCUGCUCCAGAGCCGGGGAUCUGGUAUGUUUGGGACCAUACUGUACGAAACACAGACAGCUUUGUUUGUCAGUUAGAUUUUGUCGAUAAGGAUGGCGCAGUGGCGCUGAUAUGUUCUGGCCUGGCCGGAAACGAAGUCUUGCGCUGGGAAGCACUUGGGUCUGAGCUAGCCUUGAAUGCUCAAGGGUACAUUGCACGUGAGUUGAGAGUCAAGCUCCAGAGUCUCCGAGUCGUCUUGCCUGACGGAGAGCUGUUGGCCUCGGUUUGCCGUGCGAAUCCGCUGGUCACAGUUGGCGAUUUGAGUGACACCUACAAGUCUUAG